UCACAAUUUCCUGGUUUGAUUCAGAUACCUACCUACUUAUUGGUGUAAUCAAUCCGUUUCUGAUUUUUUUUUCAGAAAAUUGAUAUACAAGAUGUGGUAAUAUAAGUGGAAAAAAUACAUUCCUUUUUUAUGGUCCAGCAUUUAAAAUUGGGUUUGGCAUCAGAAGUCGUGACUACUUAUUUCAAAUGUCAAUAUAUUCAUCGCAAAAACAAAUCUACGAUUAGACUACAAUUUAUUAUGCACAAUAUAUUUUAUAUCUUUAUAUUUAUCACUCAAAUGAUAUCAAAAAUUCUCAAAUAAAUGACAAAAUAUUUCCGUGUCUACAGUAUCGAGAUUAGAUUAUGCGUGUACCUAUAUUAAGAAUAACAAAUUCAAGCUCUUCCGAAUUUCGUGUUGAUGAAUUUGUUAUCAACACGAAAUUUGGCUAGCAGCUUGAAAUUCUUAAUAUAGGUAUCUACACACAAAAUUCAAUCCCUAUACUGUUGACACGAAAAUAUUGUGUAUUCUUAUUCAAUAUAAUUAUUGAUUAAUUUUUUAAGGAAUGAUUAUGUGAUAAGCUUGAAAUUUUGCGUGAGGCUUUCAACUGUUAUUAAACAUCAAUCUCAAUUCCGUCGGUUCAGUGGUCACGGAAAUUUAUAUAUUUUUUGGAUAUUUUUUUAUCAAUUAAUAUAUAUGAUAUGCAAAAAUUAUUAAUUUUACUUGUUUUGUUUUUAGGCUCGAAAUUUAUUAAGUGAAGUGUUAAUAUCAAGUUUUCAAAUCUAUAAGGACUAAAUAGGCUUUCAGACAGAUCAUUACUUCAGUGAUGGGUAGAAUAUUUUCCACAUUAAUAGAUACGAAAUAUUGAGUACCCACUUACAAUCAUUUUGACACUGAAGGUGGAUUUAAUCUCAUUAUUUAUUUGAACCAGAAUUCAUUCACUUCUAUCCUGGAAAUGUCUUCAAAUGGAGAUAUCCUAGGGAUUUACAAACGACUUGUUAAAUUGAGAGAAACCAAGAAGAUCGCUAAUGAUAGAUUGCGACUUUUAAUUCGUUUAACUUUUGAUGUAAUGAACUUCCCACCAGUCAAACUAUGUAUUUUUUAUGUUUUUUGCCAAUAUGGAUUCGCAACUUCUUUGACAAUAUACCAUUUAUUGGAUAAGUUUGACCAGCAAACUCUAAUGAAGCAUGGAUCCUUUUGUGGCAUUCAAAUAUUUGUUCUUAUCAACUUGGGAUCCAUUGUUUUUAUGGCCGACGCUUUUUACGAAUAUCUGCAGAACUACAAAAAGGGUUUGAUCCCUCUAGAGUUGUUGAAUGAAAAUACACUCAAACAAAUAGUGCUUUUGGGAAACAUAACGAAGUUGAUAUGUACCGUUAAUAUGGUUCUUGCCACUGCUGCAGCUCUUGGAUUCAUAGCAGCGCCAGAGUAUUUCAAUGAAAAAACCUACUUAUCGGUAUGGAUCCAGGAACAGUUUCCGAAUUAUUCAAAUUUUAUGCUUCCAGUGGUUCAUUGGACGAGUUUACCAGUUGCUCUUGUGAUGGCGGGCUCUUCUGUUGCUUGGGCUUAUGCUGGCAUGAAUGCCAUAUUUCAAAUACAAAUACUCAAAGAAAUGAUAAACACAGUUCCGAAAACGACAUUACCACAAAAAUUGAGGAGGGAUUCUCAACUGUACCAAGCUAUUGUAAGGCAAAAACUGAUAAUAUGUGUAAUGGCUCAUGGUAUCAUGGUCAGAUUCCAAAAUAUUGCUUGUGAACUACUUGAACCCCCGUUAAUGAUGUUUUCUAUGGGUAGUGUGAUAUUAGGAGGAUCGUUGAUGCUGGAAUAUCUAAGUAAUCAAGAACAAAAUUUGGGAGAUCAGUAUGCAAUGUACAUUGGAAUAUUAUGUUUCGCCCUUGCUGGAAUGAUUUCAGCAGUACUAUAUCUCAUAAUUGGACAAGCUGUCAAAGAUGAGUCGGAAGGUUGUAACUACCUACUGAGACAACUGCCAUGGUACGAUAUGAACCAAGAAAAUAGAAAAAUUUUUUCUAUUUUUCUGCUUAAGACAGAGAAACCUAUUGCUCUUGCCAAUAGCCUCGUUCAAGUAGAUUAUUUUCUUCUCAUGAGAGUGAGUUUUUGAGUUUCCAUUAAUAAUUUUCAGAUUUGUAAAGCGUUAUAUUCACUGGCUGCAGUUUUGGCACAGUUCGUAGCAUCUAAUAGGAUUGCAGAAAAGUAAUAAAGCAAUUCGAUCACAAAUUUAUAAUACAUCUGAAUCAGAUCCUUCCUCCCUUUUAUACAGAGUGAAUUUUAAGUAGAUAUUUAUUGAAAAAUAGUGAAUAUUUUUUAUGUGAUAUACCCUAAAUGACAUAAUUUCCGAGUAUAAAGCUUAAUUUGCAUUGUCUUUGCAGAAGUUUAACUAAUAUAGUUAGAUUAGAAGGGUAUGAUAACAAUGCGAUUGAGGAGUUCCACAUACCUACUUAAAACUCAUUCUGUAGAUCUUGCACGAUUCUAGAUGAUUGAUGUACCUACCUAUAAGUAUAAAUCAAAUACAUAAAUCUCUAUCUGUUCCAUGUUCAAUUAUAUUAUUGUUCCUUUGUUUGUAAUUUUUUUUUGACUCUAUUUUUCAUUCACCUAUUGUAUUAGUGAAAUACAUCACAAUCACUUCUUA